AUUCUUCUAUCCUACUAACUAAAAAAACGUGAAAAUUUUAACUUAGAUAUAGGACAGACUUUUUGAGGAGCCAGGGAAGAGGAAGCUGCCCUCUUCCAUAACAUAGACAGGGUCCUUCCUUCUUCCUAUUCCUCAUUCCUCGACCCCGCUGAGUGGAGCAAGGUUGAUACCAUCUGACCAAGACGUCAUUAGUUUCCUAUCCGUCCUUCGGAAUUCUAGAAAUUGUUGAGUUGUAGACAUGAGGACAUUGUAUCCGAAUUUCGAUAAUGAAGAUGGGCUAGAGACGGUGCUGGAGGUGCCAUUGCCAGAAGAGGUGUUCACGAGCACGGAUGGAAAUGCUUACCUCCGGUGGCACAAUAUGCGUAGCAGGAUAAAAGCUCAGCUUGAAGAAAAGCAGGCCCCUGAUGAUCUCUUCCUUAUGUUGCUUAAAAUUGUUAGCUCGCCUGUGAUUCCCUACCAACCUCCGUUCUUCCAGGCUCAUAUUGCCCUCCCCUCCGUUAAAGAAGGUUCUUUUCAAGCUGCAACAGCAAAAUACAUUGUGCAACAAUAUAUAGCAGCAACAGGAGGACAAGCUGCACUAGAUACCAUACACAACAUAUGUGCUGUAGGAGAGGUAUAUAUGGUGUCUUCUCCGAUGCAGUUAGGGGAUGCUGAGGACACGCCGAGCAAUCGCGAUUCUGGUGGCUUUGUGCUGUGGCUGAUGAAUCCAGAUUUGUGGUAUCUCGAACUGGUUGUUUCUAAUUGCAAGAUAAGUGCUGGAAGUGAUGGCAAAAUCGGCUGGAGCCAAUCCUCGCACUCCUCCAUAGCUACCAGAGGCCCUCCCAGACCCCUUCGCCGCUUCUUUCAGGGUCUUGAUCCGAGGUCCACGAUCAACUUAUUCAAUAAGGCAACGUGCAUAGGAGAGAAGACAAUCGACGACGAAGAAUGCUUCAUUCUAAAACAUGAAACAGAUAAAGUAGUCCUCAAGUCACAGAGUACAGAGAACACAGAAACAGUCCAUCAUACCAUUUGGGGAUACUUCAGCCAAAGAACCGGACUUCUUACUAAAUUCGAGGACACGAAAUUGGUGAAAAUGAAGACGAAGACAGAUGAUCAUGUUUACUGGGAAACAAGCAUGGAUUCGGUUCUUGAAGACUACAGAUAUGUUGAUGGAAUUUGUGUAGCACAUAGUGGGAAAACUAAAUGCACAGUCUUUAGAUACGGGCACAUGCAUAAUCACAAGGGAAAGAUCGAAGAAACGUGGAGAAUUGAAGAUGUCGACUUUAAUGUUCAUGGCUUGACGAAAGAUAGUUUCCUGCCUCCUGCAGAACAAGUGCAGGAUGUUGAAUUCUAAAAAAAAAAACCGAACGCUGUUGAAAUUUUUUGACAUGAUAUUUGAUGAGAACUUUACCGAUACAUUCGGCCAGAAUUCAGGCUUAGAAUUUAGAUUAGACUCUCUCUGGUUCCACUCUAGAAAAGACGUGGCUAGUAACGAUGGGUAUAGGAGGUUGAUUGUGGUGUUCUAUUACCUGUUCAAGCGUUUUGCUUGCUUGUAUAUUUGACAGAUCGGUAAAUGAGCUGAAAAUUUUGAAUAUAUUAACAGAAUUGAGUUUAAGAGAC